ACAUAAAUACAUAUUUUCAAACGAAGUCGUAUUGAUAUAAAAACGUCUAAGAAGAACAAUGGUAAGAGUUGUUUUACAUCAUACAUGCAUAAUCAAUAUUCAGUAUACGAUAAAAUGUUUAGACUUUUCCACUGACUUUAGUGUAUUCAAUGAUAUAAUGGAACAAAGUAUAUGUUUAGAGUGUCCUUAAUAAGAAACAAACUAAAUCACACACUCAUGUUUCGAGUGGCAUUUCAUAUAGAAGUCAUUGUGACAUUAAUGUAGUCGAAGCAUGCAGAUCUCCAACUGGCAAGUUCAACUAAUAGAGCAACACAUAAAAAGCUAAAUCAAACUGAAAAGAAUGCGAAAACUAAAAGCAACAUACCUAAUAUUUUGGGGAAAUUCGACAACAAUAAAAGUCAUUGUAGCUCGUACUCAAGUGAGAAAGACUUUGAUUUAACAGUAGGUAAACAAUGAUAUGUAGUGCUUAAGCUUUAAGAGAGAAGAUGACACCUUACAUUCUUUAUUAAUAUGCAUCUUAGUUUCAUGUUUCUCAAAAAAAUGCAUCUUAGUUAUAAACUUCAAAACAAAAAGGUAGUAAUUCAAUAAUCAAUAUAAGAAUCAAUAUGAACACAAUAUCUAAUCAAGAGAAGAGAAAGCGAAAAAACACAAAUUGUUGUGUAUAGAUUUUGCUCACGAUAUUUCAUAUCAUAAAAAUUAUUAACUGAUAAAAGGAAAAGAUAAAGGGGAAAAUGCAUCAAUUUGAUCCUAAAAUGAGAGGAACUAAUAUCCUACACCAUCAUACAAUAAUGAUAUAUUAUAUCCCAAAAAAUCAUUAAAAUCUAUUCUAAACGAAAAAGUAUACUAAAUUGAAUCCAAUGUAAAAGUAACGAUGAAGAUAUAUAUUAUAUAUACCUAAGAAAUAAUAAAGUAAGUCAUGUUGCUUAGAGACCUCUCUCGAUAGAACCACUCUAUGAUAAAAACCAUUUCGUCAAACAAUUGUAUCAUAUGAGUUUUAACUUAAAAAUUUAAGUGCUAAUAAUUAGCUAUAUAUUUCAACUCAUAAAUGAAUUAAUUAUACCAUUUUGUAUAAAAAAAUUAUUAACUUGAGAGUUAUUUUGCUUGUUGUUAAAUCAUUUGAACUUAAGUAUGAAAGUGCUUCAGAAUUGUUACUUCAUUCAUCAUUAUUAAAAAUUACUAUUUUAUUGCAACGUCUAGGCGUGUAAAAGGCAAUAUUUGUGAAAAUACCUUACCGACAAAUAAUUUUUAGCGGGUUGAAACGAUUGGACCGUAAUUUGUGUACAACAUACCCUACUACUAACUUUUUCGGUACAACCUGCUAUACCAUUUCGCAAAUCUCUCCAAUAUAUUUUUCCUUACAUAAAAUAAUAAUAAUAAUAAUAAUAAUCAAUUUACCUAUUUAGCAAAAUAAAAUAAUUAAUCCUUACCCUAAUCAAAUGACAAAUUUGCACAAAAGGACACACCUCCCCUACAAUCAGGCCAGGGGACCUUCACCAACCAAGGAGAGAACCAAAAGAAUUUCCCCUCUUUAAGUUCUCCAUAUAUCCUCCUAUGAUGAUCCAUUCAAAUCACCAACCACAGUCAAAUUCAAUAUUCAUUAAAGAUUCCCCAAAAAGGACACGAGUCAUUAGAAUAUUGGGUCUGGUCACAUCUAUGGAAAUGUUCAUCCUCCCUCCUCCAGUGACGUUGAAUAGUAAACAGCUUCCUUCUUAGAUUGCUAUAUAAACUCCCUCCUUGCAAAUCCAAAGACCAUAACGAGCAGAAGAAGAAAGACGGGAGAAAGAUGGCAGUUUCGGAGUACAGAAGCGACAAGUACAGAGAUUUCUUGUAUGGUGAAGGCGAGAAGAACACUGUGUGGAGGUUUGGUGCCCCUCCAAGCUUCGAAGUCGUCGACAAGCUCUUCGAAGAUGGCAGAACUCAGGUAUGGCCAGCAGGAUCCCUGGAAGAGAAGGUGCAGAACCUGGUGAAGACGUACGAAAUGGAGAUCAUGCACAAGGUCAAUCCAGCCGAUUACAAGUCGAUGAACGCCGAGAGGAUCACUCUGAGCGUGAACGGUAGGAAAGCGACCAACCUGGAAGAAACGGGGAAGCUUCAAGGCAGCUACAAUUUCUUCCUCCAGACGUCAUUACCAGAAAAACUACGGGUUUACAACCCUGCUGAGGAGACUGCGGAGACAUCUCACUCGACGUUCACGACCGUGUUCCCUCGCGGGUUCGCUCUGGAGAUUCUCCAGGUGUACUCGGGCCCUCCGGUGAUCGCGUUCCAGUUCAGGCACUGGGGCUACAUGGAGGGUCCUUUCAAAGGCCACCCUCCGACCGGGGAAAAGAUUGAGGUCUUUGGAAUUGGGGUGUUUGAGGUUGAUGAGAACAUGAAGAUUGUGAAGAUUGAGUUCUUCAUGGAUCGUGGGGAGUUGCUCGCCGGCGUUCUCAAAGGCGGUGGGGAGGCUGCGAUGGCGGUGCUGGCUGAGGGUUCUGGUUCUGGGUGCCCUGUUAUGAAGGGCACUGGAUAGUGGGCAAAAAUAUAGACUCUUGAUUUGCCAAUUGUUGUACCAUUUUCUUUGAUAAUCCUUUACUGUACCAUUUCUUGUUCAAUUACUAAGGCUUUUUAUCAUUUUCUUUCACUGCAUUUUGAAGAAUAAACUGAUUCUUUUGCAUCACUAUUUUGCUAUUAUUCCUUAAGGAAAUGGUCCUGCACUAAAAUAAAACAGAGGGGUCUCCCUGAAUUUGAACUCUUUUGUAGAAGUUCAUCCAUAGACCAACCCCAUAUUAGCAGCCAUUGCAAAGCUCAAACCAUAAGCCAAAAUGGGACUUUCAUUUCAUUAAGAUGAAUGCUAGCUGUUAAAUUUGCAGUACUUCAGCCAAACACAGUAACAUAAGGUAAUUGUUACUACAAGAAUCCCGAUGAUAGUUCAUAAUUGCUACAAGAAAGGCAGAGAACGAAUUUGGACUUAUUUUUCUCUCUAUAGAAUAUGUGGUGAGAUGAUGAUAUAUUAUCAACACUAUGAAGGAUGGGGCAGCAGAGAAUGAGCUAAGUGUAUAUUAUCUACUGAAAUCAUGUGCCGUUUUAAAAGCUUUAGCUUAAACCCUCUAUAUGAAUAAUAAAGACCACAUUUUUCCUGGUUAAUCCCAAGGAAGAGAACCUGGAUAGAGAGUUUGUCCACAGUAUCUGAAUAAGCCAUCGAUUUCUGGGCAGCCAUUUGGGUACGGGAUAGACCGAUGGAAGGGAUCACGACCGAGCUUCUUACGCCACAGUGAACCUCGACAUCCGUAUGGAUCUUCUAGAAACUGUGACCUUACUAAUGCCUCGCCUUUUGCAGCUGCUUCUUUGGCUGCCGGCGAGGCUGGGGUGCCAGAGUAGAAGAAAUUUGACUCUGGGAACCGAAUUGCUGAACGAUGAAGUUGAGCAAAUCUCUCCUCCUUGAAGUCAUAACUUACUACCUGCAUCAAUAAAGUAACAAAAGGUUACAUAUGGCACAAGCUAGGGAUACGGGCAACCUUUUCUGUUCCUACAACCAAGAAACACUACUGAAAUGAUCCCAAUUUCCUUUUUCUAGUAGUCCACUUCCCUUAUGGUUCGCAGCCCAAACUGCACUGAAACAGUGCAAGUUUCAGUAUGGUCAAGCUGCCAAAUGGACUUACAGAGUGUCCCCCCCUGCGAAAUAUAGCUUGUCUUGCAGUUUGGAUUUCUGCAAUCAGACGCAGUUUGAACUGAACUGACUCCAUGCCCACCCUUAGCACGAGCACAUGCAACGAACUACUUGUCUCUAUUGUUUUGUUUCUAAAGCUACAGCAUUCCAAAUACACUGCCAGCAGGCAUCUUGCCAUUUGGUCUUGUUCUACCUCAGAAAGAAAGUUGUAAGCUUUUU